UGGAAGCUUGAAAAGGGGACGAUUCUCUCGUUUCAUACAGUCGAUAGAGAAAGUGGAAGAAGGAUACAAGAUGAGAACUACAGGCUUUAUAUUGUUGAUUCUUUUUUUCAAAUAUUCUGCCUCCAAAAGUCAUUACUUUAUAUCAACGCCAGGAUAUUAUCGAGCAGGAGAGCAUGUUAGUAUUGCUAUUAACAUUGAGAGUCUUCCACGCCCUGCAGAUGUCACAGCUGUAUUGAAUGAUUUACAAGGAAAGAUUCUUUCACAAAAAACACGUUCAAUUGUGAGACAUAACGAAGUGAUACGCCUUUACGUUCCCAACACACUGAAAGGGAAGGUAAAGUUAUCGAUAAAAUCAAAGAAUGGUGCUGUUUUUAAUCAUGAGGAAGAAAUCAGCGUUAAACCGUUGGAAGACAAAAUGUUUAUUCAAACUGAUAAACCCAUGUAUAAACCUGGAGACAAAAUUCGCUUCCGAGUUGUUAUUAUCAAUAAACUCCUAAAGCCGCCAUCUAGAAAGGUUGCAUUUGAAGUGUUCAUCGCAAAUGCAGGGGGGUCACGAGUGAUGCAAUGGUCAAAUAUAACUUUAAAAAAAGGUUUCGUUAGUCUUGAAAUGCCAAUAUCUGUGAAACCGGUUCUUGGAAAAUGGCAAAUUGCAGCUAAAUAUGGGCCAAUCAAAAUCAAGCAAGACGUAAUGGUUGAAAAGUAUGUGCUUCCAAAAUUUGAAGUCAAAAUACAGUCACCGUCGUAUUUGCUGAAGUCGAUGAAAGAAGUUCCAAUAACAAUAUGUGCUAAGUAUACAUAUGGAAAAUCAGUUGUCGGAACAUUAAAGGCAACAAUGUGUUUUUCAUCGAGAGUAAAACACAUUCAAGAUAAAAUUGACCAAAAUAACUGCAUGGAAAUUUCUAAGCUAAUUAAUGGUUGUGUUACUAAUAUGUUUAAUAUGAAUUAUGGUGAAACCAUUUUAAAAAGUAAUUCCGGAAGCAAGGAUAUCGCUGUUACUGUCAUUGCAAAAGUAAAGGAAACCGCUACUGCUGUGGAAUUAGAAGGAAUACACACCACAAAACCGUUUGUUGAUGAUGAAAUCAUUUUGAAGUUUGACGCGCCUAAGCAAUACAAACCAGGAUUUAUAUACAUAGUGAAGCUAUUCGUCACAACGCCCGACGGCCGGCCAGCACUAAACAAGAUCGUCAAAAUUAAACUGACGUCAAAACAAGGCAGAACUCCACCGCAGUUGCUGAACUGGUAUUUACCUUUAAUUAAAAAUGGUGUGCACGUAUUAAAGGUUCUCCCGUCCAUACAAGCUGAUUCGUAUCACUAUGAAGCUAUUUAUGAUCAAUCAAAACAACAAGGAGAUUCUACACGGAAAAGCCAUGGCGAUAGAAAGAUACAUGCUUACGGAAGCUCUGAAAGAUGGUAUACGCCAAGUUCUAAGUACAUUAAAAUUCAGAGCAUGAGAAAUCUUGAAGCUCGUAAAAAAGCACGCAUCACAGUAAGGAUAUCAAGUGCCAGUGAAGUUAUUGGGAAGCAUCUGAAUUAUUUGAUGAUGUGCAGGGGAAUGAUCAUGUUGUUCAGUCGAAAGAAAAUUGACCAAUCACACGUAGACAUCACAUUUUUGGUCCGGCACGAGAUGUUACCCGUCUGUCGAAUGUUUGUGUAUUACAUCAGCAAGGAUGGAGAGCUUGUCUCUGACUUCAAGAAAAUACAUUUCAAAAUGUCGUUUAAAAACAAGGUAUCAGUGUUGUUUUCUGACAGUAAAGCAGAACCUGGAGAGAAAGUAAACAUAACGAUAAAAGCUUAUGUCGGCUCUAAGUUCGCUUUGUCAGUUGUUGAUAGAAGUGUCCAGUUGUUAGGUGCGAAUUCUGAUCUUAAGGAAGAGCAGAUUGUAAAGCUAUUAAACGGGCAAGAUGUUAAUGGUAUAAAUUUUCAAGAAAGAAAAAAAUGUUGGAAGUACAUGCCGGAUCAAAAAUACGAUAGCAAAAGAGCAAUUGAGGAUGCUGGUUUAAUAUACUUUAGCAACGCGAAAGUUGAUUUUUGGGAUUGCAAGUCGGUUACAACAACUACAACUACUGUUUCUCCACGUAGAUCAAAUAAUAGAAACCCGGGGAUUUUUUUGUUGACCAAUAUUGGAAUAUCUUUUAACCGCAAAAGUGCAAAGGAUAUUUCAAAUGAGUUUAAUUUUAUCAGUUUAGUGGUGCCGCCAGUUAAAAAAGAAAAGAAAAAAAUUGUUGGUAGAGUUAAAAACGUUGUGAAGAUAAGAUCAAACUUUCCUAGGUCGUGGAUAUGGUCAGAAGAUGUCAUUAAUACUUCUGGUAAAAAGGUGAUUGAGGCAAAAAUCCCGGACACAAUCACAACAUGGUAUGCAAGUGGAUUUGCUAUGUCGACAAGAGCUGGUAUUGGCGUAGCCGCACCUGUUAGUAUCCAGGCGUUCCAACCGUUCUUUGUUUCAGUAGCAUUACCAUAUUCUGUGAUUCGUGGAGAAACAGUUAAAGUUCCAACUACAGUGUUCAAUUACUUGGAUGAUUGUUUAGUGAUUCAAGUUAGUCUAGACACGUCAACUGAUUUCGACAUUACAUCGGAAAGAAUAAAAAAAAUGUGUGUAUGCGGAAGUAAAUCGAACACUUUCAAAUUCAGCAUCAAAUCAAAAACGCUUGGUAAAAUUGAUAUCACUGUCAAAGCUCUUUCCUUGCAGCCUGACAUUUUGAUAUGUGAUUCCAGCAACAAAAUGGCAGAUGAUGUAACUGCAGCAGAUGCGAUGACAAAGAAGUUACUUGUUGAAGCUGAAGGAAUAAAAAAAGAGUUUUCUACCAGUUCUUACUUCUGUCCUCGUGAUCAUUCUGGUUUAUAUUCUGAUACUUUAUUUGUAACAAUACCUCAGCCUAUUGUUCAAGGAUCAGUAUAUGCUGAGUUAGCAGUUGUGGGUGAUCUUUUGGGACCUAGCAUGGAUAAUUUGGACAAACUCCUGGCAAUGCCAUACGGAUGUGGCGAGCAAAAUAUGUUGAAGUUUGCACCGAAUAUUUACAUUAUGGAUUAUUUAACUGCAACCAACCAAUUGACUGAAAAAGUGGAAAGAAAAGCGAAAGAGUACAUGAGAUCAGGUUAUCAACGGGAAUUGACUUACAAGCAUUCCAGUGGAGCGUAUUCAGCUUUUGGUUCAAGUGAUAAAGCAGGAAGCACAUGGCUGACUGCAUUCGUUCUAAAAUCGUUCUGUCAAGCGAAAAGGUAUAUUUUUAUUGACAACAAAGAUAUUGAAGAUAGCAAACGUUGGUUACUUUCCUUGCAAGAUUGGUCUGGUUGUUUUAAAGAAAGCGGAAUGGUCCAUCACAAAGAGAUGAAGGGUGGUGUGAGCGGAGGCAUAACAAUGACAGCUUUUGUGAUAAAUGCUCUUCUCGAAGCUGAGGUUCCACACAAGGAUUCAAGAAUUCAAAGGGCACUAGCGUGCAUAACGAACGGAUUGGAUAAGAUAUCUGAUCCUUACACUGUAGCAUUGAUUUCAUAUACAUUGUCACUCGCUGGUAGCACUAAACGAUUUUAUAUGUUGAACAAGCUGGAUAGUAUGUCAAGUCAAGCUGAUGGUUUGCUGCAUUGGAAAGCCGUUAAAACGAAUCCACAACAUUCAAGUGCAGGCUAUAAAGCUUCUUCUAGAGACAUCGAGAUGACGGCGUAUGCUUUAAUGGCUUACAUGGGUGGCCGAUCGCCGUUCAAGUCUAAAAUCGAACAUUUAAAGAUUGUAAAGUGGUUGGUGAAGCAGAGGAAUUCAUUUGGUGGAUUUGUAUCCACGCAGGACACAUGCGUAGGACUUCAAGCUCUAUCACAUUAUUCAGCUAGUACUUACUUAAACAACUUCAACCUUACCAUUAUGGCAACAACUCAAACUGGUUUUUCGAAAGAGUUUAAAGUUCGUAAUGAUAAUAAGCUGCUUCUACAAAGAGCUGUACUUUCAACCACACCAAGUAACAUAAGUAUCCAAGCAAUUGGUGAUGGAUGUACUUUAGUGCAGGCGAACGUAAAAUACAAUAUACCUGUACCUAAGGAGAAGCCUUCGUUUUAUUUGGAUAUUAAAGUUGAAGAAUUAAAAACAAUCAAUUGUGAGCAUAAGAUUAAAGUUUGUGGAAGCUAUAUGAAAUCUGGAAAAUCCAACAUGGCGCUUAUUGAUAUAAACAUGGUGUCAGGAUUCGAGCCAAUCGUUAGUGAGUUGGACAUGAUUAUGCAGUCAACCAGUGCACCAUUUUCUAAUUAUGAAUUCAUUGAUGGUGUUUUGUCGUUUUAUUUUGAUGAUUUGGACCAAAAAUCAACAUGUGUAACGUUUAAAGUUGAACAAGUAGCAGAAGUUGAAGGACGAAAACCCGCUGUGGUGAAGUUGUAUGACUACUACGAAAACAGUGAGUCCGUCACAAAAAUGUACAAUGUUGGGAGUUGCCCGGAAAAUGUACCAGCAUAGACAGCCCGAGAGGUGUUAAAAAGAAGUUUCUUAUUGUUUUAUAGUAAAAAGGAAUGCAAAUUCAUCACAA